AUGUUUGAAACAGAUUUUGGAUCAGAGGUACGCAACAUCUGUGCUGCUUACAAAUUCAAAGUCACUAAACAAGAAGGGACCUUAUGGUGGCAUGCACACACAUCAUAUAUGCGAGCCACCGUGUACGGUGCUCUCAUUAUCCGUCCAAGGAUAGGCCGAAAAUACCCGUUCCCUAAACCAUAUAGAGAAGUCCCAAUUAUGAUAGGCGAGUGGUGGAAUGCCAACGUGAUGGAUGUAGAGCGGAUAGGUAUGUCAACCGGUGGUGUCCCAAAUAUCUAUGAUGCAUACUCCAUCAACGGUCUCCUUGGUGAUCUUUACCCGUGUUCUAAAAAACAUACAUAUAAGUUGAAGGUGACACCUGGAAAAACUUAUCUUCUUCGGAUCAUCAACGCUGCACUCAAUUCUCAACAUUUCUUCAAGAUCGCAAAUCACAAGUUUACAGUCGUCGCUAUUGAUGCCAGUUACACAGAACCUUACCGCACAAGCAUAGUCGUAAUAGCUCCAGGCCAAACAAUGGACGUUUUGAUGGAGACUAAUAAACCCAUGGCAGAUUAUUACAUGGCAGCUCGUCCACAUAAUAGCGUAGCAGUAGCUGGUCCGUUUUCCGACGACACAAUCACCACCGGAAUAGUCCACUACAUCGGUGGCCCAACCAAAAAUUCAACAGCCAAAAUGCCAAUCCUACCAGCCUUGAAUGACACCGCAACAACUCACAAAUUCUACACCAAUCUGACAGGUUUAACAACCUCGCGGUUCUUCGUUCCGGUUCCGCGUCACCCGGAUGAGAAAAUGUUCAUAACCUUUGGACUGGGAAUCAGCGUCUGCGGAACACCAAAUGGUUGUAUCAACAGUCCAUUCAGACCUAUGAUUUCAUUCGCCGCCAGUAUGAAUAACCACUCGUUCGAGCUCCCUACCAGUACGUCGAUGUUGGAAGCGUUUGCUAAUGGCGUAAAAGGAGUUUACACAGAAGAUUUUCCUGACCAUCCACCACUGAAAUUUGAUUACACAAAGGCUAACCUGAGCAGUUCGCUGUGGAUGACCGAGAAAAGCACGCGGGUUAAGAAAGUGAAGUUCAAUUCGAUAGUCGAGAUUGUGCUUCAGAACACAGCCUUGCUUACUCCUGAGAAUCACCCAAUGCAUCUUCAUGGUUUCAAUUUCCAUGUUUUGGCUCAAGGGUUUGGGAAUUACAAUAGCAAGAAAGAUAUGAAGAAAUUCAACUUUUUUAACCCACAUGAAAGAAAUACGAUCGCUGUUCCGACUGGUGGAUGGGCUGUUAUCAGAUUCCGAGCAAAUAAUCUAGGUGUAUGGAUGAUGCAUUGCCACUUGGAUGUUCAUAUGCCGCUUGGUCUUGCAAUGGCAUUCGUUGUCGAAAAUGGACCAACACUGUCGACCAGGCUCCCUCCACCGCCGGCAGAUCUUCCUCGUUGUUGAUAGUUUUUCUUUUUUAAUUCGAUAUUCGGAAGCUGU